CCCCCUUUUUUCUCGUCCUCCAGUUUUGGGUUUUCUCACUCUCUUUCUCUCUCUAACCCAACCAACUUCUCUCUCUUUCUCUCUCUACUGUGUGUGAUUCUCUCUCUCCUUUCUCUCUCCUGUCGAGCGAACGGAGGAAGAAGGAGCGAGGUUUGGUGGAUCCGAGUUUGAGGAGGAGCGACUCAGGUGUAUUCAUUUGGAAAGUUGAAGGGACCUGAUUGAGAUAUACCGAUAAGAUAGCAGAGAUUGGUUGCAAGUGAAAUUCUGUUACUAGGAAAGCUAUUCUGCAAUUCAUAGUGCGCAUCCAGACACCCAAAGCCCUGCUACUGAAGGGAUAUUAGUCAAUACUGGUGCUGAAGGGUUUAUGUCACUUGAUGCUGCCAGGGUUGCUCAAUCUCACAUCGAGAAGUGAGCUUUGGCUUUAUAAUAAGGCCAUUUACUGUCUCCAUGCUGGCAGAGAGCAUGCUUGGUAUUUGUGCUUCGGGUAAUGCCCCUGACCAGUCGAGCCGUCGAUGCACUCGGUGUGGUGACAAUUUCUCUAGUGGUUCUUCUGGUACUCUUUGGCCUGUUCUGCAUAAUCUACACAUUGUACUUCCGUGCUCGUAUUCAUAGAUCAGAGUCACGUCAACUUGGUUACUUUAAUGGACCUUGGAUUGUUCGAAUAAUUUUUAUUGUGUUUGGAAUAUGCUGGGGUUUCGGUGAAGUUGUCCGAUUAAGUUUCUUUAGGCAGGAGGGUAAAGUCUUUCAUUCGCUAAGCCUAAGAUGGCAGGAAGACAUAUGCAAAGUAUACAUCCUUUCGAAUCUGGGGUUCACGGAACCAUGCCUCUUCCUGGCAAUGAGUUUUCUCCUACGUGCAUCCCUAAAUUGGAGGGGGUCUGGUAUACUAGACCGGAAAUGGAACUUCAAGACCAUAGGCUAUGUUUUGCUUUUUUGCCUCCCAGUUUUCAUCUUGGAUCUCCUUGUUGUUAUGAUUGCCCCCAAAGUCCGACGUGGAAAGAUUAGAGUGUUGAGAAGAUUGCCAGAACAAUUCACGAGCGUUUAUUGGAAGUUGCCUGUAUCAGGCCAAACUGUUAUUGCUUGCACUUACCCCUUGUUGUGUACAAUAAUCCAUGGACUGUUUGCCAUCGUCCUAACCACUUACCUGUUAUUGCUUGGGAGGCGGAUGGUUGUGUCGGUCAUCAACAAAGGGUUGCAGAAGAGAGUUUACAUACUUAUAUUUCUUGUUUCAAGUUUCCUUCCUUUGAGGGUUAUUUUGCUUGGGUUUUCAGUUUUGGCUAGGCAAGAGCAUUUUCUCUUUGAAGCUCUUGCCUUUUCUGGUUUUCUUGUGCUUUUUUCGUAUGUUGUAGUGGGUAUUUUUAUGCUUGUUUACUUACCUGUUGCGGAUUCUUUAGCCCUUAAUAGGGGUCUGGGGUUGCAUGGCGGCGCAGAGGGAGGAGGACGAUGCAACACCUCCGAAGACUAUGCCGAUUCUCUCUCUCUUAUUGCUGCAAACCAGAGCCAUCUUGAGACCAGUACAGCUACAAGCCUUGGGAGAAACUCCGAUGUCUCAACAAAACGGGGUUCCAUUUCAUUCCGGACUAUGAUCAAAGAAGAAGCUUCUUCUACUACUACAGGAGGUGUAUACGAGGAGGAAAUGGGUACAUUUUCUCCAGGUUUUAGGCUGUUAACUUCAUCUCCUGGUUCCCCAGCUUCCCUACAGAUGAAACUUCCGUCCUCAUAGUUUGAGGUAAACUCCAUUGAGGGAAAAAGUAAGGCAGAAGAGAAGCUUUUUUUCUUAGUUCUCUUGUCUUGUUGAUGAUGUUUAAAGGGUGCAUAUGUAAGCAAUUUCUGAUAAUUAAUAAGACUAUCUGUUCAUAGAACCAAGGAAAUGUUACCCACUUUAGCUUGUCUUGA